AUGUCAUUUGAUAAUAAUAACUCUGUUUUUGUUGGAGGGUUGAGAAGCGGCGAUAUUUGGGACUCGACAAAAGAUACAAAACGUGCCGAGAGGGAUAUAGAUUCGGUAUUGUUCAAUGCUGGUUGUAGCAAGGACAUGGCGCUAGAAGAGGACGCGGACAUUGAAGCACUGCUAUCUAUCAUCAAUGCUCAUAAAUCUAAUAAUGAUGUCGUAGAAAGUUGUUACCGGCCUGUGCUGUUUGCUUGCUACUGCUUUGCGCCAUUGUGCCAAAAGAUAGAGAAUCAAUCCUAUGGUUCCUAUGGUGUAAAGUUGCUUCAGGAAACGUUGAAGAGGACUGUAGUGAUGGCUGCUGCCGACCAAAGAGGAUCGAUUUUCGUUUUUGACUUUGGUGCCAACAAGUUUUGGCGGGUUGCACGAUUUGGGAUUCCUCCAUCGGCAAUGGCCUUCACAUCUUUAUCAAAAGAUGAAUUGGUUGUCGCGUUUACAGAUAAUACUUUAAGAUGUUACGACAUUGAGACGAACCAACUGAUUGCUGAAACAAGCAGCCAUCGCCAUCCAGUUGAUUGCAUUUCAAUGCAUCCUGAUGAACACGUGGUUAUUACCAGCUCACGGUCUGAAGCCAUCUUGUGGAAUAUGUCUGACUGGUCAAAGUUGAAAGUAUUAAAUGGUGAGGCAGUGAAUGGCGGAUUGCGACACGUAGCAUUUUCAUCGUCGGGGACAUUUAUAACUACCAUAUUUUACGACGAGAGCGUCUGUGUAUGGGAUGGCCACUCGUUCGAAAUCAUAUGGAAAGUGAAUAUCCCCAAGCGCAGACCCAGAUAUAUUAAGCCGCUGUUAUUCGAUCGUUCAUAUGAUGAGACAUGUCAUCUUGCCUUGAUUCUGACGAAUGAGCAAAUUUUGAUCGUUGGUGGAAUUACAAUGCUAUAUGUAUGGAAUAUUGAUACGCAAUCAUUAUUGCGUGAGGUCGAUCUUGGUCGUAGAACCUAUGGCUGUAUCAAACAAAUAGAAGCGAUCUGUGACCGUGCUGAGUUGGUAAUACUAACAUCAAAUGGACACCUUCUGCUCGUUGACAUAUUCGAGAAUGACGAGUCCGGGAUACAUCUACUUGAUGUUGAACAACCGGUUAAAUCGUUUAAAAUAUCACCAGACGGUAAAUUUUUGGUGACGAAUUCCACUAAAGAGAAAGAGAUCUUACGGAUAUGGGACUUCCGCAGUCUUAUCGCAGAUUCAUUACAGAGCAACUUUGAAAACUACGUACCAAAAAGUACCCGAACAUUAUCGCCUCCUGUUCUUGGUCCCAGUAUUUCCUGUAACAACAACUCAGCGAUAAUAACGCCAAAAAGUAUACAAUCUAUCUCGCACUCAUCGUCCCAACCGAAAUCUAAAUCCAGGUCCUUUCAUCAACACAAAAACACGAAGCUGCGAUCAUAUGAGCAGCCAUCGAGGUUUGGCACCCGAGGCAGACGUUUACGUGCAGGUUUUCCUGGGAACACUGAGAAUGAUAAUUAUAUGGAAGAGUUUCUGUCACCCUCAUUGGAAGAAGUGUCGUCUCCUAUGGUGUUGCAGAAGGAAAGGGAUCAGUGUGCAACGAAUGAAUAUACGUCAUGGGCAGUUGAAAAGAAUAGUCAUAAGACUGUUCCGUUUGAGAGUGACUAUGAAUUGAAAUCAACGUCUUUAUUCGGGUCGUCGGGGAUACAGAAUCUAUCUUUUGUCUCAACAGAAGAAAGAAGGCUCAAUAUCAUUGAAAUGUUGCACCAAGAUGGAAAAUAUCCAGCAGAGCAUAGGCUACAAAUAUGGCGUACUUUAUUGGAUGUUCCCGAGAAUCGAGAGGCAUUUAGAAAUUUGAUUGACAAGAAGAGAGCAUCAACGGUUGGGCUAUCUGUUCAGAAAUGGCCCGAGCUGAGAUCAAAAAAUAGAAGGCUAUAUAUACGUCUUGAACGAUGCUUGUUGUUUCUGGUCAACUGGGGGUUCGACGUUACAGUUGUAAUUGAGUGGUUAUCGACAAUUGUUUAUCCUUUCGUUGAACUCAUGCUUGGAACAGAUGAAACAGUAUGCUGUGAGCUGAUAUUAACUAUUUUACUAAACUGGUAUCAAAAUUGCUGGGAAAAGUUUCCCCGGCCACCUGCUCGAAUGCUCGAUGUUGCUGAGACGUUGUUAGAACACUGGGAUGCAAGCCUACUCAACCAUUUCAAGGAAGUAGGCAUUGACUUUAAGACAGACUUUUUGUGGCCGGCAAUGUUGACUGGUUUCACGCGUAUAUUGGAAACUGAAGGAUUUCUCCAAUUAUGGGACCAUCUUUUGUCGAACGACGAACCAUCUUUUAUGUGUUAUUUUGCGGUCGCCUAUGUGAUUAACAGUCGAGACACGCUGAUUAACAAUUUGGAGAGUGAAAUACGGACAUUCGUCAGUACGACCUAUUCAAAUGAUCUCGUAAAUGUUCUCGAGGCUGCUCGUAAUAUGGAGAGUGAAACCCCGAUACCCAUAUCGCCUCGAAUCGAUGUACUUAGGUUCAGACCUCUUGAUAACAGAGGGAGUUAUAAACUACGUAAAGUUAUACUGAAGAAGAAUGACAAUAUUAGAGAUUGGAUAUGGCAACAGGAACGCGAGAUUACUAAAAAGAGGUAUGACUAUGUUGGAUUGACAGAUGAAUCGAUUGUUGGCAAUGAAUGA